UCAUAUUGAUCUCGUAGCCGGCUGCUCAACAUGGCGCCGGGGGUGGCGUUCACGAUCGGCCUGGUCCUCGUCGUCGGACACCUACAGCUGGGGCCGGGAAUCCUCGCCAAGACCUUCGCAUUCCCCGAGUACCCGUACAAGGAGACCACCAGGAAUGAACUUCUCUUUAGGCAAUUCGAGCAGGCUUGCGAGGAGAGCGGCGCUUGCAAGAUGCAUCCGCCGGAGAGGAGCGACAUCGCGAAGACCAGGUGCAUCCGAGAGUGCGUAUCACCGUCCUGUUACAAGGAGAUCUACCUGUUCGACCAGCUGGAAGAAGGGGAGAUCGACGUGAGAUUAAACUCGUUCAAGGGUUGCUUCAUGCAGCGCAACGGUCGACCGCGGAAGUAAGGGGCACGACGCGCUGAAGAAAAGGCAGACGGAGGGGGAACGAGAAAGUGGAAUCGAGACGAGAAAGAAGAAGAAGAAGAAUCGAAACGAGGAAGCCCAGGAACGAUUCCAAGCCGCCAACACGAAUCUCCGAGCGCCGAAACCGGCCAAAACCACGCGACCACUACGUCCAGAACAGUUCCGAUGACAAUUUUUAGAGGGGGACGCCGUCCCGCCGCGGCGCCGGCCGCCGAUUUAGAAACCGAGGGAACCGGAUUAUUAGCAGACAAACCAAACCAGAAUCGCUAUAUACUAUAUUAUAUAUACAUAUAUAUAUUUCAAGAUCACAAAUAAGUAAGCGCACGCGUUCACACGCGGACGAAUUUAAUUCGUCCAGGAUAAUCUUUUUCUACUUUUUGUACGCACGUAUUUGCCAUGUUGAAGUAAUGUUACGAGCAAUGUUGCACGGAUGAAAUAAAUUGUUGAGAGAAACACGUGUCCAAAAUGUCUACACGGUCGCCGACAUUUCCGCUAGCCCUUCGAACCGCGUCAGCCGAUACGUUUGAAAUUGUUUGUAAGGUCUUUCCAUCGAUCGACAUCGUUUGGACAGUCUCGUAGGUUUAGGCAUUCUAUAUUUCAUUCGCCCCUUCGUCUUUGUACCGGCUCUUGGAUCGGUAAUUGGUAUACGGUUUAAUUGUUCGACACGCUACGAUUGUUUCUUCGAAUUCCUUGAAUAAAUUUGUUCGACUUCGCUACUCGAUAA